AUGCAGCAGGGCUCCGUGUAUCUUGGGGGCCUGCCUCUCCUCCUCUUGGCCGAUGGGCUAGUUGCUGUCCGGGAAUCCAGCCCCGCUUCCCGGGCCCUCUUUGCGAGAGCUUUGAACGCUUGUUACACCAAGCAAGGCCUGGAGCUGACCCGGGUCACCGUGAUCAACUCGGAACUGAAGGUGGUCUACGACACUUUCGUCAAGCCGGACCGCAAAGUGGUGGACUACAACACAAGAUUCUCAGGCGUGACGGAGGCGGAUCUGGAAGACGUGACCAUAACCCUGCGAGACGUCCAGGCGGUUCUUCUGAACAUGUUCAGUGCGGACACCAUCCUCAUAGGACACAGCUUGGAGAGCGACUUAUUUGCACUACAGCUCCUCCAUGACACGGUGGUGGAUACGUCCGUCGUCUUCCCCCAUCGGCUGGGCUUGCCUUACAAGCGGGCGCUGCGCACCUUGAUGGCUGACUACCUCAAGCGCAUCAUCCAGGACAGUGUGGAAGGUCACGACUCCAGCGAGGAUGCCCGAGCCUGCAUGGAGCUGAUGAUCUGGAAGAUCAAAGAGGACGCGAAAGUGAAGCGAUGACCCUGCCC